UCAAAAUUGCUACUUGCAUCCGCUCUUGCAAUCCUCUCAUCUAUAUAUCUCUCUGUGUUUGUACGUCUCCCUUGUCAACUGGCGUUCUCUUUGUUCGGUUGUCAUCUCCUUGUCGAUCGAAGCUGCUGGGGGAUAAGCCAUGGGUCAAAUGCUUUGCUGCGUUCAAGUAGAGCAAUCUACCGUUGCAAUCAAGGAAUCAUUUGGGAAGUAUGACGAUGUGCUUCAACCAGGAUGCCACUGCUUGCCAUGGGUUUUCGGAAAGAGAAUUGCCGGCCGGCUGUCACUCCGGAUGAAACAGCUGGAUGUGAAGUGUGAGACGAAGACAAAGGACAAUGUGUUCGUCAAUGUGGUUGCUUCCAUCCAAUACCGUGCUCUGCCUGACAAAGCAAAUGAUGCCUUUUACAAGCUUAGCAACACCCAGUCUCAGAUCCAAGCUUAUGUGUUCGAUGUGAUCAGAGCCAGCGUGCCGAAGCUCAACCUGGACGACGCUUUCGAGCAGAAGAACGAGAUAGCCCGAGCCGUGGAAGAGGAGCUCGAGAAGGCCAUGUCUGCCUACGGUUUCGAAAUCGUUCAGACUCUCAUCGUCGACAUGGAGCCAGACGAACAUGUGAAACGAGCCAUGAACGAGAUCAACGCAGCUGCGAGGUUGAGGGUGGCGGCGAACGAGAAGGCCGAAGCCGAGAAGAUCGUGCAGAUCAAGAGGGCGGAAGGGGAGGCGGAAGCCAAGUACUUGUCGGGGGUAGGUAUCGCCCGGCAGCGCCAGGCGAUCGUGGACGGGCUGAGAGACAGCGUGCUGGGCUUCUCGGUGAACGUGCCGGGGACGACUCCGAAGGAUGUGUUGGACAUGGUGCUCAUCACGCAGUACUUCGACACCAUGAAGGAGAUCGGCGCCAGCUCCAAGUCUUCGUCUGUGUUCAUCCCCCACGGGCCGGGUGCUGUGCGUGACAUCGCCGCGCAGGUCCGAGAUGGGCUGCUGCAAGCAGCUCCUCUCCAGUGAGCUACCGCUGCCUGCUUGAUCCUUUGUGAUGUGUCGAUAAGUACGUGAGAGAUGGAGGAAUAGUGUUCAGCUCGUCUUUUAUCGCCGUGCUGUGUGUGUGCGUUGUUCUUUCAGAACGAGCGAUGAACUCAAAUAAUUUGGAAAUAAUUUCAGAACAAGCGAUGUAUUAGAAA